AUGCAACUCACAUUCCGGCUGGUCUUCGAAGCCCUCUUCCUCCUGGCCUCGCAGGCUCUCUUCUACACCCUCGCCUGGUCCUUCCUCAUCCAGGGCCUCCUCCGCGACUAUGCCUCCAACAGCUCCGACCAAGAGUUCCUCCUCUCCGCCUUCCCCACAAACACCUACAAACGCAAGCAAAAGUGGUGGCAGGGGGGUGUCCUCGUCCAGGUCGUCUUUGCCCUCACCCUCACCUGGAGCGGUCUCCUCUUCGAGAUGAUCAUCAUGGAGAUCUUGGGCCUCCUUGGACAAGAGUCUCGUUGGUACUUUUGGAGACUCACCCUCAGCUCCUUGCUCCUACUCGUCAUUGCGGUCAUUCCAUACUAUCAAUGUGUCCUCUUGACACGAAACACAGGAAUCUCGACGCAGAAAGCAUUGCCAAUUGCAACGGUUGUCUGGUGCAUAUAUUUCUAUUUCUUUGCCAAAGUCGGUAACAGUUUUCCGUCUCAAGGUGGGCAUGCACCAGGGCUUUGGUCAAUUGAGUGGGGCAUGUCUCGCGUUGGUGUCAUCGGAGUCACCAUCAGUGCUAUCCUGUCUGGCUUUGGAGCUGUCAAUGGACCAUACUCCAACCUCUCUUUCUUCCUGCGUCAAGUCACCGACGCUGAUGUACAGCUUGCAGAAAAGAAGUGUAUUCAGACGCUGGAGAUGAUUGCAAGCAAAAAGAAGCAGAUGGUACUGGAAGAAGCCAGGUUGCGAACCUUGGACCCCAAUGCGUCCAAAGUCGGAGGGUUUGUUCGAAAAAUCUUUGGCGGUGCCUCUGGAAGACCAGAAGGAGAAAACCUAGAAGGCCUUCGACUGGAGUUGGCAGCACUCGAGGGAAUUUCGCGGCAACUCUUUCUCGACAUUGACGAUCUUUACGUUGAGCAGGCGCGUCUGCAACACGCAAAGACAUGGCAGGGGAAGUACAGCAACCUUAUGGGGUACAUUUUUUCAGUCUACUGCGUCUACAAACUAGCAAUGUCGCUGAUUAACACGUUGCUCAACCUAAAAGGAUCCACCGACCCCAUUACAGCACUGAUCAGCAAGUUUGUCUCUCAUACAAACAUGAAGAUUGACGUCCGGUUCUGGUCCCAGCAACUCAGCUUCUUCUUCAUCGGAUUAAUGAUUUUCUUGUCGAUCCGCGGUCUGCUGAAUGAGCUCUCAAAGUUCUUUCGCGCCUUCUCGCGACAUGUUUCGUCCAGCAACAUCAUCCUCUUCUUGGCGCAUCUUAUGGGCCUCUACUUCCUGAGCUCGGUUCUUCUUAUGCGUCAGAAUCUCCCGCCAGAGUACCGGUCCAUUAUCUCGGAGUCACUUGGCGCGCUAGAGUUUAAUUUCUACCACCGAUGGUAUGUGCUGCCUUCAUAA